UAAUCAUAGGCUUGCUCAUAUGAGUGUAUUAUCUCGACAGGAACACAAAGGCGAUAUUUUCCAGUUUGUCUACUGGCUUGUGAACAGCUGGGGUCUGGGUCUGAAAACUUGUGGCAGGACUAACACCUGUAUGAGAUCAAGAAGUCUGUGUGCGCCGUCUUUACGGUAAAGCAGCUUGUUGAGCCCGCCCUCUCUUUGAUAGCAAACUCGGUGAUGUCGCUUCGUUUUUAACGAGCUUGACCCAGAACCCAGGGAAGGAGGGGAAAAAAGGGGAGAAAACACACUAAUAACGGAAUAGUCUGUAAGGGGUCGGGACAGACUUUCCACGAGCAGUCCAUUCCUUCCUGUUUCUGGGCUUGGUGAUUCGGUGACCUUCUCCCCAUGAGCAACUAGGGCUCAGCAUCUGACCUUGGCGUGAUCUCUCACCUGUGCUACCAAACCACGCCCACAGGUUAAGUGUGUAUGGAGCAGUGUGAGAGCGCAGCGGCUCUGCUGGAGUCAGUCAGGGAGCAGGAGGUGCAGUUUGAACAGCUGACCCGGGCGCUGGAGGAGGAGAGGAGGAGAGUGGGCCUCCCUGCCACCAGCCCCUCGGCCCUGGGUCGCCCCCUCCCUCACACACAGAACGGGCGUUUAGGGGAUGCGGACAUAGAACGACUGAAACUGGCUGACUCGUACAUAAACGGCACACAAUACAGAAUGGUGGACCCUGCACACGGCGCUCUCGAUGAGAGCUACACACCGGAGGAUGACUCCCAGGAAGUACACUCGGUCUUUUCAGACGAGGGAACAACACGUCGGCCAGACAAUGGGAUGAAGAAACCAAUCUCGCGCACAGUCCUGCCCUCUGACACGAUGUCCAUUGACGGGGGCUUGUCAGUGCCUGGCAUGGGCGGCUACAGUGCCACACUGGACCGUCCUUACAGGCAGCCUGUAGACUAUCCCACAGCCACAGUGCCCAGAAACUACCACUAUGGCCCUGUUGGGAGUUACGAUGACUACCGGGGAGGCCCACCAUCAGAGGCAUACACCAGCCUGAGCAGGGGCUCGCACAUGGACGACCGCUACAGGCCUGUUGAUGGAUACAGAACCCUGGACUCCGGGUACCGAGCCCCAAGUCGCCAGCAGCUCGACCCUUAUGCAGCACAGCCCCAGGUGAGCCGCGGGAUGAGGGCUCUUGGCUCAGCGCUGGAGAUGCGGUAUGGACAAGGUCACUACGGCCUGGAGGAUGACCAGCGUAGUGUAGGAUACGAUGACUAUGGCAUGGGCCCCCCACCCAUGCAUCCAGGGGGUUACGGCACCAUGCCACGCCUUGGGCCCGGCUCCGGCGGCAUGGACAGACGAAGACUCAGGAGCUGUGAGGAUACUUUGGACAGUGACAUGGGAGGAGUUGACCCUUAUGCUUGGGGAGUUCCAAUGACAAUGGAGAGAGGGAGCAUGGCUUCACUGGACAGCACACUGAGAAAGGGUCCUCCAACAACAUGGAGGCAGCCAGAGCUGCCAGAGGUCAUCGCCAUGUUGAACUACCGCCUCGACCCUGUCAAGACCAACGCUGCCGCCUUCCUCCAGCAUCUCACAUUCAAAAAUGAUAAGGUUAAGUCAGAGGUGCGUCGCUUGAAGGGCAUCCCGUCCUUGGUGUGCCUGCUGGACCACCCCAGCAAGGAGGUGCACCACUCGGCCUGUGGAGCUCUAAAGAACAUUUCAUUUGGACGAGAUCAAGACAACAAAAUCGCCAUUAAGAACUGUGACGGAGUGCCCGCGUUGGUCAGGUUACUGAGAAAAACUCACGACCAGGACCUCACUGACACCAUCACAGGCACCUUGUGGAACCUCUCGUCCCACGACUCGGUAAAGAUGGAGAUCGUGGACCACGCCCUGCAUGCCCUAGCUGACGAGGUGAUCGUUCCUCACUCCGGCUGGGAGCGAGGGAGCUGCGUAGCAGAGGACGGCUGCAAACCACGCCAUCUGGAGUGGGAGACCGCCUUGACCAACACUGCUGGCUGCCUUAGGAAUGUGAGUUCAGAGCGCAGCGAGGCCCGGCGAAAGUUGAGGGAGUGCACAGGACUGGUGGAUUCACUCAUGUACAUUGUCCAAACACAGAUCUACCGCAAAGAUGUGGAUAAUAAGUUGACGGAGAACUGCGUCUGCCUCUUGAGGAAUCUGUCCUAUCAGGUUCAUCGUGAAGUCCCCGGCAGCGAGCGCUACGCAGAGACCGCCCCCGUCAACCAGGGGCCAGCGCCUGCUAACAAAGGUGGCUGCUUUGGCUCUCGAAAGGGCAAAGAUGAGUGGUUUUCCAAAGGAAAGAAGGAUGUGGACGAUGGGAGUGGAGAUCAGGUUGACAUUCCAAAGAGGACAACACCUGCCCAAGGUUACGAGCUCUUGUUCCAACCAGAGGUGGUUCGUGUUUACACAUCGCUGCUCAAAGAGAGCAAGAACCCGUCGGUGCUGGAGGCUGCUGCCGGCGCCAUCCAGAACCUGUGUGCUGGCCGAUGGACUUAUGGUCGGUACAUCCGGGCCACCGUGCGUCUGGAGAAGGGUCUUCCCAUGAUGGCAGAGCUGCUGGCUCAUGGCAAUGACCGUGUGGUUCGGGCAAUGUCCGGAGCCUUGAGAAACCUCGCCAUCGACAACCGUAACUGCGAACUUCUAGGUUUGCAUGCGAUGCCUCACCUUGUGGCUAACCUGCCGGCAGGUCACAGUCAGUCUGGGCGCGCUCUGUCAGAGGAGACCGUGGUGUCCGUACUAAGCACACUCGCUGAGGUGCUAGGCAACAGUCUGGAGGCGGCAAAGACCCUCCGAGCCACGCAGGGCAUUGAGAGGCUGGUGCUCAUCAACAAGGACGGCAAACGCUCAGAUCGAGAGGUGCGGGGAGCCGGCCAGGUGCUGCAGCUCGUCUGGGCCCACAAGGAGUUGCGCCGACCUCUCGAAAAAGACGGCUGGAAGAAGACAGACUUCAUGGUCAACCUCAACCCCAACACGAGCACCACCAACGGGCCGAGCACCCGUGCCAAUGGCACCUAUGAAGACAGCACCACACCACUGCUAGACAGAGGAGAGAAGAGGGACAUGAUUCCACUAAAUGACCUUGGCCCUGAGGCGUACUCUACACUGGACCAGAGGGAGAGGAGACACACUCUGGAUGAAACCACAGACACUUUACCGCGAGGGCUGUAUGGGGGCAGAAAAGGCUCUUUGCCCGUGUUGGACUCCUACGAUGGUUAGCCCCACCCCCCCUCCCCUCUACCCUCCCUCUGCAUGUAACCGCAUGAAAAACUGAUAGUGUGCAUCACCCAGACUGGGCCGUCCCUGCCCUACCACUGCUACUGAGGAGAGAAGAUCCAGAUGCACAGACUCUCUCCCCCUCUUGUCUCCCCCCCCCUCCUCCUCCUCCUCCUCCCUUACUCUCUUUCUCUCUCUAUCACCACACUGAUGGGAUUAGAAGAUGAGGGUUGGCAUCCAAAGAAAGUGGUUGUGUGUGGCUGCAGGCAAAACGUGUCGUGCAACACACACACACACACACACACACACACAUAGUGAUACAUACACACCUUUGAAUUCUUUCAAAAUUGUAGCAACAGAAAUAUAUAUUCCUUUUUUUUAAAAAAAUUAUAAUUCUUCUGUAAAGGCAAUCACCUUUUUUGACAAUCAUUUUAAUUCUGCUGUUUUCAUCCUGCAUGUUUUUUUUUUUUUUUCUCUCUCGCAGUAGUCAGCAUUUUGGUAAACUUUGUCAUGGUCAACAUGAUGCUGCCAACACCCGCAUCCUGAUGACGAAUUUGUACGUAGACUUCUAUUCUGUGUAGGAAAUAUACUGUAUAUAAAAAGAAAAAUGGGAUGACUGCAUUAGUUUUGGCUCAUUAAUUUAAAUUGUCCCUUCACUGGGACCGUUGGGAGGUUGGGACGAGCCGGCAGACGGACGGCCGCCCUGUAGAUUGAGAAUGUUGUUUAUAUAGGAGUUAUUUUCCUGUCUAGAGUUAUUUUCUCUCGGUUGGGACGAGCACAAGCGUAGACAUGAAAGGGCAGGGUGUGUGUAUAUUUGUCAUACAGCGAACGUGUGCGUGCGUGUGUGUAAAAUGAAUUAUGGACCUUGUAGUGUGCGAGCGUGUGUGUGAGCAUGGACCAGACCCAUAAGACCACAUGUUGAUUAUUUCAUCCGUUCCUGUUGUCUGUUUUUAUCAUGUGCUUCUACUCCUGUGACUGUAAACGUUGUUUUUUCUGUUGUUAUUUUAGUUUUUAUGGACCAACUGCCUCUUUAUGUUCUUGAUACCUUAAUUUCCAACUUUUUUUUUUUAUUUGUUUGUUUUUUUUGCCCAAAGGUAAAAAGAAUAACAUUUUGAGCUGUUGCAUUUUGACUUUUCUGUCUGGAUUUAGCCAGUGCGACACAUCAAACCUGGUACUCAAAUGUGAAGCUGGGAACAUAACACUACUAACCCACUAAAACUUGCUGCUUCAGAAAACAUUCCUGCUUGUACUGUAACUGAUUCCCACUAAAGGCAGAACCUUCAACUAACACUUCAGGAAGAUCUUUGGAAUAAUUAUUUCUACUUUAAAUCUGAAUUUUCUGAAAAAAAUCACUACUUGCUCUUUUGGUUGUUUGCGUUGGCAUUCAUUGUGUGCCAUUUUACGAAAAGAAAAAUAAAAACACGUACGAGUCUUCUUCGCUCAGAGGAGGCUCAAGUGAUUUGGGAAAAGACUGACGUUUAAUUUAAUUUUAGAGGUGGAUUAAAAGCACAUUUAUUUUAUUUUUUUUUUUUCUGGUCUGUGAUCCAUUUGUUUUUACCUUGUUUUUAUUUGUUGCUCUUUUUCACUUUGUGUCUGGUUUGUUGCUGUUUUUAUUUUUGGGGGGAGGUUUGUAUGUGCGGGAGUGGCGGGUGAGAGCAUUAUGCAAUUUGUUUUAUCUUUUUAGUUCCCAGUUUAUCGCCGAGUUGUUUUUAAGGCAAAAGAGACCUAUCAUUGUUUCUGUUUUUACUCUCCACACACAAUAUAUUUGUAAUAUUGCCUAUCCAUGUAAAAUUAUGAUGUACCAUUCAUUACCUGCCUUGCCUCUGAGAAGUUGCUUUUUUUCAGUAAAGUAUGUAACUGGUAAUGCUGUUGUUUUUGUUUUGUUUUUUUAUAUAUAAAUAAAGAUCUUUUCUUAGA